AUGGAAAUUUUUAAGUGUUAAUACAUUGGCCAUGAAAAUGAAGAAAUUAUUGGAUUUUGUUUGAAUUAGAACUGUUAAAAAGUAACACAAUAUUGUUAUGAAUGUUUAAAUACUACUCAUUCAGAACAUUUCAAUGAUUGUAUUAGAUUCACUAAAAUGAACUAAUUUAUGAAUGAAUUUAUACAAGUUUAUAAUCAAUAAAUGAAAUAAUUCAAAGAAAUCUCUCAACAACUUUAAAAUUGUUUUGAAUAGAUUUUUAAAAAAAUGGAUUAGGAAAUUAAAACAUUAGAAAAUAUAACCCAACAACUGUUAAACAAAGACUAUUUGACUUUUAAGUAAUAAAUACAUAAAAUAAAAUAAUAUUACUCCAAAGAAAAAGAAAAUUAGAUAUGUAUCAUUUUUUAUAUUAAAAAUAAUAGAAUAACAAAUAAUAUAAUUAAAUAAUAUUUUUGAUACUAUUAAAAAUAUUGUACCAGAAUAAAAUAAAGUGGAUGAUAAAUUUUAUGAAGUUAAUUAAAAUGAUAAUAAAAUACAAUAAAAUAAUAAAGAGAUUGAUGAAAAAGAGCAGGAAUAGAUUAAGGUAGUUUAAAUUAAAUUUAAUGAAGGUAUAAUCAUAUUUAUCUAAUGUUAGGAGUGUAAUUACACAAUUUAAAAAAAUAUGGAGAAGCUAUUGAGUGUUACGACAAAGCUAUUUUAAUUAAUCCUAAUUAUGCUGAUUUCUGGUAUAAUAAGGGUAAUUGACUGUUUUACAUUAUUAUUUAGGUAUUGCAUUAAAGAAUUUAAAAAAAUAUGGAGAAGCUAUUGAGUGUUACGACAAAGCUAUUUCUAUUAAUCCUAAUCAUGAUAUUGCCUGGUAUAAUAAGGGUAAUUGACUGUUUUACAUUAUUAUUUAGGUAUUGCAUUAAAGAAUUUAAAAAAAUAUGGAGAAGCUAUUGAGUGUUACGACAAAGCUAUUUCUAUUAAUCCUAAUCAUGAUAUUGCCUGGUAUAAUAAGGGUAAUUGACUGUUUUACAUUAUUAUUUAGGUAUUGCAUUAAAGAAUUUAAAAAAAUAUGGAGAAGCUAUUGAGUGUUACGACAAAGCUAUUUCUAUUAAUCCUAAUCAUGAUAUUGCCUGGUAUAAUAAGGGUAAUUGACUGUUUUACAUUAUUAUUUAGGUAUUGCAUUAAAGAAUUUAAAAAAAUAUGGAGAAGCUAUUGAGUGUUACGACAAAGCUAUUUCUAUUAAUCCUAAUCAUGAUAUUGCCUGGUAUAAUAAGGGUAAUUGACUGUUUUACAUUAUUAUUUAGGUAUUGCAUUAAAGAAUUUAAAAAAAUAUGGAGAAGCUAUUGAGUGUUACGACAAAGCUAUUUCUAUUAAUCCUAAUCAUGAUAUUGCCUGGUAUAAUAAGGGUAAUUGACUGUUUUACAUUAUUAUUUAGGUAUUGCAUUAAAGAAUUUAAAAAAAUAUGGAGAAGCUAUUGAGUGUUACGACAAAGCUAUUUUAAUUAAUCCUAAUUAUGCUGAUUUCUGGUAUAAUAAGGGUAAUUGACUGUUUUACAUUAUUAUUUAGGUAUUGCAUUAAAGAAUUUAAAAAAAUAUGGAGAAGCUAUUGAGUGUUACGACAAAGCUAUUUUAAUUAAUCCUAAUUAUGCUGAUGUCUGGUAUAAUAAGGGUAAUUGACUGUUUUACAUUAUUAUUUAGGUAUUGCAUUAAAGAAUUUAAAAAAAUAUGGAGAAGCUAUUGAGUGUUACGACAAAGCUAUUUCUAUUAAUCCUAAUCAUGAUAUUGCCUGGAAUAAUAAGGGUAAUUGACUGUUUUACAUUAUUAUUUAGGUAUUGCAUUAUACGAUUUAAAUAAAUAUGGAGAAGCUAUUGAGUGUUACGACAAAGCUAUUUCUAUUAAUCCUAAUUAUGCUGUUUUCUGGAAUAAUAAGGGUAAUUAUUGUUUUGCAUUAUUAUUUAGGUAUUGCAUUAAAGAAUUUAACAAAAUAUGGAGUAGCUAUUGAGUGUUAUGACAAAGCUAUUUCCAUUAAUCCUAAUCAUGAUAAUACCUGGUAUAAUAAGGGUAAUUGACUGUUUUACAUUAUUAUUUAGGUAUUGCAUUAAAGAAUUUAACAAAAUAUGGAGAAGCUAUUGAGUGUUAUGACAAAGCUAUUUCCAUUAAUCCUAAUCAUGAUAAUACCUGGUAUAAUAAGGGUAAUUGACUGUUUUACAUUAUUAUUUAGGUAAUGCAUUAAAGAAUUUAAAUAAAUAUGGAGAAGCUAUUGAGUGUUACGACAAAACUAUUUCCAUUAAUCCUAAUCAUGAUAUUGCCUGGAAUAAUAAGGGUAAUUGACUGUUUUACAUUAUUAUUUAGGUAUUGCAUUAUACGAUUUAAAAAAAUAUGGAGAAGCUAUUGAGUGUUACGACAAAGCUAUUUCUAUUAAUCCUAAAGAUGCUGAUUUCUGGAAUAAUAAGGGUAAUUGACUGUUUUACAUUAUUAUUUAGGUAAUGCAUUAAAGAAUUUAACAAAAUAUGGAGAAGCUAUUGAGUGUUAUGACAAAGCUAUUUCCAUUAAUCCUAAUUAUGAUAAUGCACAUAGUAACAAAGGUAAACUCAUUUAUAAUUUAGGCUUUGCACUACAUUAAUUAAAAAAAUAUCAGGAGGCCAUCUUAUCAUAUGAUUCAGCCCUUUCUAUGAAUAUUAAUCAUUUAAGACUUAAACUGAAAGGUACACCAUUCUUAAUUUAAUUUUAAUAUAGCUGAUUCACUAUUUGAAUUAGGAAACAAAUAAGAAGCUAAACAAUUCUAUUUGGCUGCAUUAUAACAAGGAUCAAAAGAAAAGGAUUACAUAUAGAAAUAAUUAUCAAAGUUAUGA